CUUUCCGCUGUAUCUCGUUCCCAGCAGACUGCAUGCGCGGGUUUACUCAAAGUCUCAAACGUUUGCACGUUAUCUGAAGUGAGCAAAUAACCUUUCCAAAAUGAGUAGCAAAGCUCAUCCUCCCGAGUUGAAAAAAUAUAUGGACAAGCAGGUUAAAGCCAAGCUCAAUGGCGGACGCAUUGUUGAAGGGGUCCUGCGUGGCUUUGACCCCUUCCUCAACUUGGUGGUUGAAAACUGCGUUGAAAUUAAGAAAACUGGAGAAAAAGUUCAGAUUGGCAGUGUGGUGAUGAGAGGCAGCAGCAUCGUCAUGCUGGAGGCUCUGGACAGGAUAUCGUAAACUCAUCGUCACCUCUCCCUACUUGUAUGCCAUCAGGCUGUGCAAGGGAUUUGAGCCAUUUUGCGUCUUGUUCAAUCACUUUACAUUGGAAAGAUAAUUAUAAUGUAUUGCUUGGUCAUAAUUCUACCAAUUCAAGUUCAAAUUUAACUAUGAUUCUGAAGCCAUCUAUUUUAUUUGCUCAUUUCUUUCCGAGAAAGUUGAACUCGCACAAUCGUCCAUGUCCCAUUAUUUAGAUUGGUUAGCUUUAAAUCCUCAAUCAUUUACCUCCUAGUUAUGAUCUCUUAUUACGAUGGCAUGCGAUCUCUAAGUACCAGCUGACAGUAAAGUUAAGCAAAUCUCA